AUGUAUUCAAAACCGGUUGUACGUUCCUUGAUUUUAUAUCUCGUGCUUUCAUAUGCGCACGCGCAGUUUAAUAUUCCAGAGGUGACAAUACAAGCUUUGAAACCGAAGGGCAUUCGAGUUUCUAUAUCGGACCCUGAAAACAAACUAAAUCAGUUUGUGUUCCAAGGAAAUGUGAACAGAAAGAUAGGAAGCAACGAUGUGGGCGAAAUAUCGGGGGAAGUACUUAAACCCAAAAAUGGCGUUUGGGUCUAUGAGGACCCAAGCAUCAGCCUCAAGCCUGGUGAUGUCAUAAGCUAUUACACAUACGUAACGAGAGAUAGAAAGGGCUAUGUUAAUGACAAUCUUUCCUUUACUGUGACUGAGCUCGUUGAUCCAUCAAGGCCAAACCCUUCGACGCGUGAUUGCAAAGCCACAGUGACUGAAGUGGCUGGUGCUAAAGCUUGUGCCGGACAAGUUGUGUUUGAAGACAAUUUCGACAGCUUUCGAGAGGAUUUGUGGUAUAUUGAACAAUACAUACCGGAACAACCUGAUUACCCAUUCGUGUCCUAUCAGCGGCCACCAAGAAGCGACGUUGUAUCUAUCAAAGAUGGCAAUUUGAGAAUCGCUCCUCAACUUUUGAUAAAUCAACCGGGUUACUCAAAUAACUCGGUGCUAUCUGGGUCUCUGGAUCUGACCAGUGGGUGUACCAGUAGAACCAUGUAUUUAUCAAGGUGUAGCACCAGUGCUUGGGGGGCUAGCAUCCUACCACCCGUUGUUAGUGGACGGGUCACCACUAAGAUUGCUUUUAAAUAUGGCGUGGUGGAGGUUCGUGCUAAGCUGCCACAGGGCGACUGGCUGUAUCCAGAUAUUCUGCUGGAACCACUUAUGAAUAAAUAUGGAUUUAUGAAUUACGCGUCUGGAAUUAUCCGAAUUGCUGGUGCUAGAGGAAAUGUUGAGCUGUCUGGAAGUCAAGAUUUUAGCAACAAGUUACUUUACGGUGGGCCUAUCUUGGACUUCAACUGCCGUAACAAUCUUCUAAGAACGAAACGAAAUGAUUUUCCGUGGAGUAACGAUUUUCAUACUUACACUCUCAGAUGGGAACCAGGUCGAAUAAUAUUAGCAGUAGAUGGCGUUGAGUGGGCCCGAGUGGAGCCUUCAGCAAGUGGUCUGCAAGGGCUUUUAGGACAAGAUUGCCCUGUCCCGCGAGAUCUUCUUGCUACUGGCUCUGACAUGGCCCCAUUUGAUGAUUAUUUCUACCUGGCGUUGGGAGUUGCAGUAGGCGGUAUAACUGAAUUCCCAGAUGGAACAUUCACAUCCGGUUUCCGGCCGAAGCCCUGGAGGAAUCCUGGCAGAAAAGCAGCGCUCAACUUUUGGCAGGACGAAGAUGCUUGGUGGCCAACUUGGUCGCAACCUUUUAUUGUAGACUAUGUGCGAAUCCGUGCCAUUUGA